AUGAAAUGGGUUACGAAUCUUUGGUUACUAUCGAAAUGGAAAUUCCGCCGUUUGUUCCGUCUUCAGGGUCAAUCCAUAGCACCAAUUCAAUGGAGAAAGCCUCUCCUAACAUCGUACCCCGACCAGAAAUUUUGCGAUAGCUUAAAUGAAGAUCAAAGGAGGAGGUUGCAUGCUAUCGUUCAGGAGACUCGGACAAUUUCAAUGCUUACGCUGCACUUCCCUUCCGAAAUAACUAGUCAGAAUUGGCUUACAUUACUUGAUUGUCAAACGAGGAAGCAGAGACUCGACUACUUGAAAUUUCUUCGGAGCCGAGAACUAGCUCGCGAUAAAGAUUUGAAGAAGAAGCAGCAAAAGACAGUGGUUCAUACUGCAGAAAGGAAAAGUGACGUUGAAUCUCCCUACUACCUUCCGGCAUCCAAACUGGCUCGUGCUCAUCGGUGCGGUUCUCCGAGUCUCGUUGUAGAUUGUCGCUUCCUUCCACUUCUUUCACCCCGGGGUGCCGAAUUGACCGCGUUACAGCUUAAAUAUCUCAUUAGUGAAAAUCGAGAUGACAGGACACCUUGGCAGCUGUAUUUUACGAAUUUCGACGAGUCUCUUCAUAGAAUAAAAGGCUUGAAAAAGAGUUUCAGUUCGUUAUUUCCACGAGAGAGGAUUUUGUAUCUUAGUCCAGAUGCCGAAGAAGAGUUAACGGAUGUCGAUGAAGACCAUGUAUAUGUAUUGGGUGGAAUUGUUGACCGCGUAGUGGAAAGAAACAUACCCCGUCAAGCUUCACUAACAACUGCACUAUCUGAACAAGUGACAUGCAAAAAGUUACCUCUUGAUCGAUACGUGAAAUGGAAAAGCGGCACGAAAUUUCUCACAUUGACGGCUGUUUCCUCCAUUCUUCGAACUGUGCAUAGUUCAGGAGGCAACUGGGAAAAUGCUCUGAGAAGCCAUAUUCCAGUUCGCAACAUACGACCUUCUGAAGAAAAGUCUAUCGUUGGCAGGCAACUCCAUGAUAGAAUACGUCAAUUCGACCGGCAAUUAUUGCAAAUACUGGAAUUCAUUUAUAAGCUAAAAAAGAACUGUCACUAA